AUGCGUGCCACUGCUACCCUCUUGUUCGUUGCCGGCCUCGCCAGCACUGCCUUCGGCGCCGCCACCAAGAUGUACGACGACGAGAACUGCACCAACGAGGUCGACAAGAAGGUCUACAACGGCUUCUCGUCGGGUGAUGCACCCCUGACGGACAACAUCAAGGCCAUCAAGGUCGACGCGAUUACCGACACGUGGUUCGCCUACCAGGACAGCGAUGGCGACAAAUGCAAGGGCGACCUCCUCACCAAGCUCGAGGACGACAAGUGCAUCACCGUCGCCGAGCUCGGCAUUGGCUGCACUCGUCUGUGCAGCGGCGGCCUGGGCGGCGGCGACUGCGCCUCGACUACCGCUUAG